AGCCUUAUCGGAUCCGGAUCUGUCAAAAUAGAACGCGGAUGAUAAAAAGACCCGACACCCAGACAGAAACCCUAACACGACCAGAUUCUCUUGGCGUUUCUUCUUCUAGUAGCUUCCUUCUCGUUCGCUGCGCCCAAGUCGAUACCAAUUCCGAUUCUUCUAGGGUUUAGCGACCCAUACUGAUCGGAGAGUUUCGUUCGGUCGGUUUAUCAACCGUCGGAAACUCAUCUUCUGCCAGGCUCACCCAUCCAUCCUACUGAUACCCGAACGUACAAGUUUUUGUGGACGGAAGAGAAUCAACUAGAGAUGGAGGAUUGGGAGGAUGUACCAGUUCCGGAUCUUCUUAAGAAGGAUCAGCCAAGGAGUAAAUGGGAUGAUGAAGAUGUAGAUGAUAACGAUGUAAAAGAAUCUUGGGAAGACGAAGAGGAGCCUGCUCCGGCACCUAAACCAGAACCUCCUGCUGAGAAGGCCCCCAAGAAGUCUGCUGCAAAAGCCAGUGAAAAGAAAGGCAAGGAAGUAGAAGCGCAUAUCAAUGAAGAGCCUCUAGAUCCAGUAGCAGAAAAAUUUCGCCAACAAAGGCUUGUAGAAGAAGCUGAUUAUAAGUCCACAGCUGAAUUAUUUGCCAAGAAAGGUGGUGAUGAUAAAUCCCUUGACAAUUUCAUCCCAAAAAGCGAGAGUGAUUUCUUGGAAUAUGCUGAGUUGAUUUCUCAUAAGCUGCGACCAUAUGAGAAAAGCUACCAUUACAUUGGGUUGCUCAAGGCUGUUAUGAGAUUGUCAAUGACCUCGUUGAAAGGUGCAGAUGCUAAAGAAAUUAGCUCUUCUGUUUCUGCAAUUGCAAAUGAGAAGAUUAAAGCAGAAAAAGAAGCCCAUGCGAGUAAAAAGAAGACGGGUGCAAAGAAGAAGCAGCUGCAUGUUGACAAGGAAGAUGAUGAAGCAGUGGUAAAUGCAUAUGAUGGUUAUGACGAUUAUGAUUUCAUGUGAGGGGGGGAAUUUGGCAAACACAUGCAUGUUAUAGGCUGGCCUUUUCACCUUUCUAGUUUAUACCUGUCUGGCAAAUCUUUUGGAUUUACAAGUGACAACUAUGAGGAAGAUCCUGUCGUCUGUUGCCUCCCAAUUCUGGAGUCUUACUGAGUGUGUCAUAUCUUUUUCUUUUUUCUUUUGGGGUCAAAUAAAAGAGCAACUUUUGUUUUGUUUUUAUUUUGUGGUCAGUUACUGGUUGGUGAUCCGUUAGUAAAUUAUUUGUCGGUUGAUCUGCCUUCUCUUGUAUGAUGCGGGUCUCAGAUUUUGAACCUAUAGAUUUCCUGUAACUGUCUAAAACUAUUUGAUCCUGUCUUCUCAUGCAUUUCUUUUGAUGCUUGACCA